GUACAUUGUGUAGUUUCAAGUAACAAAAUCUUUAAGCUUUAUUAGCAAGCCUCUGUUACUUUGCAUUUGAAUUCUUAGCUGCCACUUCACUUAUACACGUUUACCAGUGAAACACCUUUACUUGAUUGCGUAUUUAGUCCUGUUUAUUUAAGCGUGACCAUGGCGAAUAAACAGGAUUAGUCCUUGAACGUUUGUGAUUUUCAUUGAAAAAGCUUCGUGAGGCUUAGGUAUAAGUAAAGUGCAAUAUCCUUCGUGUUCGAGUGUUGAAAGGAGUUCCAUCAACAGUCGUCAAUGCGAAGCGGCGUGCUAACAGCGAUGGAGGCGGAGCCUGACCUCAGCACAUUCGAGAAUAAGUCAGGACUGGCUGAGGACAUGAAGUUCUUGGCGUCCAUGCCGGAACUGUGUGACGUCACGUUCCUCGUCGGCGACACCAGAGAACCAGUAUGCGCUGUCAAAGCCGUACUAGCUGCUCGAAGCAGGGUGUUCCAAAAGAUGCUCUACCAGGCCCCUAGUCCUCAAAGGAAGAAAGAACCUGCCCCAAGAGAGAAUAAACUUCGCCUUUUCCUGAAAAGAUCUUCGGAACCCCUUCUCAACCUUCAGAACGCCGCACAACAGAGAUCGACUUUCGCCCAGCAAUUGGCUCCAAUACAAGAGCCGUCGUCUCAGCAGCAUCAGACCCUAAUCAUCGAGGAGUUUGAACCCGACGUGUUCCGUCAACUCAUCGAGUACAUCCACACCGGCUGUGUUACUCUGCAACCGAGGACUCUGCUAGGAGUAAUGAACGCCGCUGAUUACUACGGGCUGGACGAGCUGAGACGCGCAUGCGCGGGCUUCGUGCAGUGUUGCAUCACUGUAGACACCGUCUGCGCACUCCUCGCCUCGGCAGAGCGAUACAUCCAGUAUAAGUGCACCAAGUCUCUGGUUCAGAAGGUGCUAGAGUUCGUAGAUGAGCACGGUAAUGAAGUGCUGAAUCUGGGUUCGUUUACGCUACUGCCCCAACACGUGGUCAGGUUAAUACUGGCCAGAGACGAGCUUAGAGCUGAUGAAUUCACAAAGUUCCAGGCGGCUUUAAUGUGGAGCAAGAAAUACUGCGAUACAAACCCGAACAUGUCUCUGAAGGACGUCAUCGGCAACUUCCUCGAGUACAUCCAGUUCCACAAGAUCCCAGCCAACGUUCUGAUGAGGGAGGUCCACCCACUUGGACUGGUUCCCUACUCCAUCAUCAUGAAUGCUCUAGCUUAUCAGGCAGACCCGGCCAGCGUAGAUCCAGGCAAGCUUUCUCCAGCGCGAGUGCGGCGCGCUGGCCGCUCGAUGUCCGUGCAAUCCUCCCUAGACCCCUAUGGCUCCAACACCACCCUCUCCUCUACCGGCUCGAGCGAUGUUCCGUCGUCAGACUCUCGGCACAACUAACGCGAGGGGAACCUCCCCCGUCCCGCGCCCGAACCCGUCCCUGGACCCUCUACCGCUCCCGUCGCUCCUCUAACUCCUGUUGCUCCCUCCGCUCCAGACAAGCCUCCAGACAAACCACCCGAGAAGCUCGGCCUCUUCUCUUCCAUCAAACGCGCGGCCAGCAAGAAGUUCGGCGAUCGACGCUCUCCCACGCCAAAAACGAGAGAACCGCGAUCCAAGUCGGACUCCAUAAAACAUGCAGCUUUGACAAGACAAGUCUCCGAAACGGUGGCAGCGCACGGAGACCCAACUUUCGAACGCUGCAGGCCCAGAAAGCGCGAUAGCGAAACCGAGUUCCCAGUGAGGAAGUCUACUUCAGAAAUAUCUGAAAGCUUUCCAUUUGUAAGAAGGGCAUUAGCAGAAAUAGAAAAUGGAUUAAAUUAUUUCAGAAGGUCGAUUGCUUCUGAUUCUGGAGAGUCAAAAGCACCACUAGCUAGGCCUGAGCCUUUAGUUGUGGUUGCGGCAGCUGAUGACGAGCCACCAUCUAUUUCUCCACCACCAAUGGGACUGAAGGAGCGUCGAGGUUCGCGUGGUUCUCCAUGUGCCAAUUUGCCGCCGCUGAUGUUGCCUCCGAGCACUCCUGAACCGUCACCGAGUCGAUUGUCUCCUAACCGUCUAUCUCCACAGAUGAAUAAGACGCAAAAAGAACCGUCAUCGGCUCCCUUCAUACGUAGCGCACCGCCACGUCGAUCUAGAACGCGCUCGGAAAUGCCGCCCGAGCCCCCACCGCGGUCACCCCAGACACCUCGGCCAGCGUCUGUCUCUCCAAAACACACGUUUGCAUUUAAGAUAGUACUGAAAAAAGUGGAGAGUACGCCAAAUACAUCAUUUGACAGACCAGAGCAAUGAGAGUACCUCCUCUAAGCGCGUCCGCUGAUAUGCGGUGGGGUACUCGAGGCUAAAACGCGCUUUUCUCCAUUUUCUAGAGAAGCUAGCAUAGAAUAGUUAGCGGCAAACCGACGACGGUUGGCCAAAUCAAAUUUUACCAUGAACGUGACGCUUUCGAAACUUCUUCGUAAUCUUAUGAAUUCAGAGGCUGGUCCUUUGUCAGUACCCAGUACGUUGAAAUGUGUCUUGAUGUUACGGACCGUUGAGGGUUUAGGGAUGAAUCAGAUACUUUAUUAACACGCAUGAUGUGAGGAAAUGAUAAUCAUAAUAAUAUAUUAUAAUGUUUGUAUUGGUAUGAUGUUUGCCCUGUUCAAGUAAUGUUUUUAAGAAAAGUAUUUUUAUUAUGAUCCGAUGACUUUCAAAGAGUCUUGAUUCUGAUAGAGCAUGAAUUCUUCUGUCGGACAUCAUAUCAGAUGGCGGCAGAUUUGAUAGAUAAGAAAAUAAAUGUAACUUAAAAUCAAAGUAAAUAAAUAAUAUAGGUUCCCGACUUUGAAUGUGCCUGUACUAUUAACAUAUUCAUAAUCUCCAACUUCUUUGUCGUUAUAUCUACUCUUACAUUUCUAUCUGAUCACAGCAGUAACCUAUCACUGUCUUUUAUAUACAUCACCACUUAGACAAGCUGUCUAUUUGUAUUUUCGAUGUUAUACAAAAUGUCUAGCAUGAAAAUAUUUUUGUAUUGUUGUAUAAAAUUGAGAUGUAUGUAUUGGCUUCGAAAGCAGUGUGAACAUUUAUAGUGAUAUUUCAGAGAAAUGCUCUAUAAUAUCGGCCAUUUUGCUAAGCGUUUAAAUCAUAGAGACAGUGUAAUGUUAAAAUUCCUUUGCUGAAUUUUCCUAGCCUGAAUGGUACUGCAAAACAUUCAUUUUGGAUUUGAGUUCAACCAUCUAUCGUUUUACUUACUUUGUUAUCAGAUCAAGGAAAACAAUUUAUGUAUUUUUUAUAAUACUUCAAAUAAACUGCUAUCGAAGACGAUAUAUUUUCCUUAACCCAAACCACAAUAGCUGUUGUAAUUUGUGGAGUGAUAAUGUGUGUGAUUCUAUGAUAAUGUAUUUAAAAUACAACCUGCGUGUUACGUAUAUUAUACCUAAGUUCUACAUUGUUCUUAUUGGAAAACAAAAUAGUAUGCUAGUUGAUUUACAGACCUUGUUUUCGUUGCGUUAUGGUCCUUUAGGCAAAUAUUGUCAACAGUAACUUCGAUUUGCAUAUUCCCUUAAUUAUCUUACAAUAAAACUGAAAGGUUUAAAAGGGUUUAUAAAAAAGUAAUGUUUUGGAACAUUUGUUGAUUUGUAUCUAAAUAAUGGUUUUUAUUUUUUAUGCUUUACCUGGAUAUUUGUAUUAACAAGUUCUUGAUCAUCCUAACAAUUAUAAAAUAUAACAUUUAAUAGCUACGCUGGUUUACGAUGAGCAUUUUUGGCUACUCAAAACUGCACCGCGGAUACCCUUUUGAUUUAUAAUUGAUGGAAGUCUAUGUGCACUAGUUACGCUAUCGAUGUAGACGCGACAUACAUUUUCCUGAUUACGGAGACAUCGUAUACUGUCGAUUAGUAGAGCCAACACCGUGCUGCGGGGGCAGAUCUGUACUUACCAUCAUGCACAUAGCUCUACCUGUGGGGUCUAUACAGAACAAAAUUAAAUGAAAGGUCUAUUAUAAGUUAGUGUGUACACAUGAUGAAGAACUUGCAAAUACAUUUCAUUUGUUUCAAAAAAAAAAAAUGUUUUAUACCAAUAUUACCAAUUAAGAACUGACAAAUGUUUACUCCAUUGAUGUCUUUGUUCAGCCGUGUUGUAGUCGAGAAAUAAAUAUUGUGUUUUUGAAAUAUUAUUACUGUAUUCUGUAAAUAGAAGA